AUGAUAACAAUUUUGCUCCAAUUCAUAUAAAUAGGGCUUUUAGCAUUUGGUAAAUUUUUGUCAUAAAAUGAUAACACGAUUAUUUUUUUUGAGUUGAUAGGAGUGUUUAUAAUAGAAAUGAUAAUCGCUGGUCCAACAACUGAAAAGACAAAAUGGAUUUGUUCAAAAUCAAUGUAAUCAAUUUGCAAGAAUAUAUUAUUAUUUUCAAUAAUCCUUUAACACAUUGAAGAUUAAUAAUUAUAUUGGAUUGUGUUAUUGAGUGGAAUAUUUAAAAUAGUAAAAAACUUCACAACUGUUUUGGUGAUAAAGAAAAUAGAUAAAAUCUUAAAAUAUAACACAUUUGUAGGAAUUUAUGCUUAAAUAUUUUCAUUUUACAAAUGGAUAUAAAUUUGUUCAUAUGUAAUAUUUAAAAGUGAAUAAUUAGUUGUUCUUAACAGGUUUAUUUUUAUAAUUAGAAUUGCAUACAAUAAUUUUGGGUGAUUAAUGGAAAAUGAAUUCAUUAGUGUUAGUUAAUUUAAGUUUUAUCCCAUUUGCAUUUUUGAUUGUAAGAAUAAUAUAAAUAUGAAUAGAUUCUGAAUAUUAUUGAGUCAAGUGUGUAUAUAUAAUGGAGUUUAAGAAAUCAAAAAUAAGUGGAAUAAACAAAGAAUAAAAAUAAGUGA